AUGGCCGCCGCCCGCCCCCGCGCGGCACGUCGCGUGCUCUUUGUCGUCGCGUUCCUCGACAUGUUGGGCGUGUCUAUGAUCCUGCCGGCGCUCCCGCAGUACGUCAAGUCCAUGGACGCUGGCGCACUGGUCUUUGGCCUACUCCUGUCCGUCUACGGCUGUCUCCAGUUCUUCGCGGCGCCGCUGGUCGGCAGCCUGAGCGACCGCUACGGCCGCAAGCGCGUGCUCUUGUCGUGUCUCGUAGGUACGUCGCUGAGUUAUCUGCUGCUGGCGCUCUCGUGGAACGUCUACGUCGUCUUUGUGUCGCGCGUCCCGGCCGCGCUGUUCAAGCACACGCUCGACCUCAUCAAAGUGGCCGUCACGGACGGAGAGCCGGCCGAGCGACGCGCCGUGAUCAUUGGCAGACUCCAUGCAGCGAUCAACGCGGGCUUUGUUGUCGGCCCGACCGUCGGAGGCUACGUGAGCAGUGUGCCGAACGGGUUCAGCUACGCGACGCUGCUGACGACGGCACUCUUUGGGGUCAACUGUUGCCUCGUGUCGCGCUUUUACGCGGAUCCAGAGAGCUGCGAGGCUGUCGUGUCGACGGAAACUGCUGCGGAUAUGUUGCAAAGCCAAGCGAAGGACGAACGCGGUCGGUCUGUGGACUGGCAACACGUCCUGCACAACGCGUGGACGAAACUCGGUGGGAUUCGAGACAUUGUGAAAGCGUCCAAGUCGGCGCAGACACUGCUGAUGGCGAGACUGUUGCUGACGAUGGCAGCUGUUUUGUAUCGCACGCACUUUUCCGUGCUGCUGGAGGACAAGUUCGGGAUGGAUUCGAAGGAUCGCGGGUUGAUGCUGAGUUACAUGGGUCUGCUGGGCGUCGUUGGCAGUUUCUCGGUUGGGUUUGUCACAAAGUUUGUGAAGUCCAACAUGCUGGUGCUGCAACUAUCAGUUGUCACGUACGCAAUGACGUUCUUUGUCCUUUCGGGCGCCACAGCAAUCAGUACAGUGUAUUUGACACUUGUGCCUCAGGUCAUUUCCAUUAGCAUCACCCGUGCUAGCUCACUGGCGCUACAAACCACGCUCGUUUCGCAGGAACACAUAGGGACUUUCAUGGGUGUCUCUUCGUCUCUGACGUCUGUAUCCAGAACCGUCGGACCAGUUUUGUCAGGAUGGACGUACGUUGCUUCGAUCGAUGGACCCGCGUACGGUGCGGCAUGUCUUGCUGCAUUCAGUGCUGGCAUCCUCUGCUUCGCACCGGAUCUAGCAGUAGCAGGCAGCGACUCGAGUGGUACUGAUGUCGAGGGUAAGAGCAAGUAG